GUACCCUUGCCAUGCCAUGCCCAUAUGGUCGAUGAGCCAAUGACAAAUUCCGUCCGUGGAAUGAAAUGUCAAAUUUGUCAAAUGAAAUAAAAAAAACGUCUUCGGACUUAUUUCGAAAAUAGUAAUAAAAUAUGAUUUUUAAUGAUUUACAAGUUGAUUGUGUAAUCUUUUUUCAAUAAAGUUCAAGGGUAUUACAAUUUGUUUGGCGCGAUUUCACUUUACAAUAAGAACCGGUAUAGGUUAUGCGAUAAAUUAUUAGUUUCGCAUUUUGGUUAUGUUUAUGCAAUAACAUUUCUUAGAGAAAUUGAAGGAAUUACGUAAACAAUGUCGAGAAUACUGCAUAAUCGAAUGAGAGCAUCCCUACGAAAGCCUACAGCUUGGUCAUGUGUAGAUAAGCGUGCUGUAGCAUUCUCAGUAUGGACUGGUAGGAGUAUGCUCCUUCGGAAACCGAUAGACACAAGUCAUGUCCAUAAGAGACGAUAUGGAAUGCUGGUAGCGAGAGCUGUUAGGGGUGUGCUGAAGAUAAGGUAUCUUCUACUUGGAGGGGCUGUUGGUGGAGGAAUGACCCUGAAUAAGAAAUAUACUGAAUGGAAAGAUGGCCUUCCUGAUAUGGGAUGGCUAAACGACCUCCUACCUGACAACGAAAAGUGGGAUCGUUUCACAACUACCCUCAUCACAGCAAAGGACAAAAUCGGAGACCAGCUACAGAUUGGUGUGCCACUGACGCUGUCGCUACACUCAGAUCCGCGCCUCCGCGACGCUGGUGUGGCCAAGGCGGCGGAACUCCGCGAGUGGUUGGCGCAGCGCUACGAGGACGCCGUAGCUGCUGCCGCCGCUAACAAUGCUACUACGCAAAUGGAAUCAGCUCCGAAGAUAGUGAACAAUUUGCAGAGCAGACCGGCACCUAGCCCUGCUCGAGGGUCGAGCGAAGACUCCACUACAUAUGAGAAACGCGUUCACGCGUUGCAAGAGGAAGUGCUAGCACUACAGGCUCGGUACCAACGUGAACUACAACGGUUGGAACAAGAAAACAGGGAGCUGAGACAGCAAAAUAUGUUGCUAAGGCAGGGAAGACAGCCUCCGACGAGGAAAGUCAAGCGCUCGCUGAUCGACAUGUAUUCGGGCGUGCUGGACGAGCUGGCGGGCUGGGACGCGGGGGACACUGACCGGCUCCCGCGAGUCGUGGUGGUGGGAGACCAGAGUGCCGGCAAGACCUCCGUGCUGGAGAUGAUCGCGCAGGCCAGGAUAUUCCCGCGCGGAGGGGGGGAGAUGUGCACCAGAGCACCUGUGAAAGUGACCCUGUCAGAAGGCCCCUACCACGUGGCGCAAUUCCGUGACUCCUCCAGAGAGUUCGACUUGAACAAGGAAUCUGACUUGGCUGACCUGAGAAAGGAGGUAGAGUUGAGAAUGCGGAACAGCGUUCGUGGCGGUCGCACCGUUUCCACUGACGUCAUUUCUAUGACAGUCAAAGGGCCGGGGCUACAUCGCAUGGUAUUGGUGGAUUUACCAGGAGUUAUAUCGACUCAAACUGUAGAUAUGGCGGCAGACACUCGCGACGCCAUCAAGCAGAUGACUAAGCAAUAUAUGGACAACCCCAAUGCCAUCAUACUAUGUAUACAGGACGGUUCAGUAGAUGCCGAACGAAGCAACGUAACAGACUUAGUUUCAUCAUGCGAUCCUCAGGGCAAGAGGACCAUAUUCGUGCUAACUAAAGUCGAUUUGGCUGAAGAAAAUUUGGCUAAUCCUAACCGGAUCCGUCGCAUCCUAGAAGGCAAGUUGUUCCCGAUGCGCGCGCUGGGGUACUACGCAGUCGUGACGGGCCGCAGCAGGCGGGACGACUCCAUACAGAACAUUACCGACUACGAGGAGAGGUUCUUUAGAUCCUCCAAGCUGUUCAAAGACGGAGUAGUGACGCCAUCGCAAGUGACGACCCGCAACUUGUCUCUGGCCGUGGCUGAUUGUUUCUGGCGAAUGGUGCGAGCUUCUGUGGAACAACAGGCCGACGCUUUCAAAGCGAUGCGUUUCAACCUGGAGACUGAGUGGAAGAAUACUUUUCCCAGACAACGCGAACUAGACCGCGACGAGUUAUUCGAACGCGCGCGCGCAGAGUUGCUCGACCAGUCGGCCGAACUAUCCGCCGUGCCCGCCCCCAUAUGGGAGCAACGACUGCACGACGCUUUAUGGACCACGGCUUCUGAUAGAAUACUGCACGGGAUAUAUCUGCCUAGCGCUGCUCAGGCUCAAGAAGACGUGGACAAAUUCAACACAAAUGUGGAUAUAAAACUCCGCGAAUGGGCGGAGAACGAACUGCCUUCUCAGUCAGUGAGAGCGGCCAGAGAUUCACUCGGAGCUGAGUUCAGAGUGCUGAUGUCUCGGCAACAGGACGCGGACCCUAUAUAUGCGCCGUUGAAGCAGGCGGCUGUCGAACAAGCUUUGGAUAGGCACCAUUGGGAAGAUCGGGCUACUGAUGUGUUACGAGUGCUGCAAUUGAACGCGUUGCAAGACAGGUGCGUGUCGUCGCGUGCCGACUGGGAUUCCGCAGUAGCACUCAUGGAGACUGCGCUGAGGAACAAACUCGACCACACAGAUGCGACACUCAAGCAUCUCACCGGCCCCGGUUUCAAAGAGCGCUGGCUAUACUGGCAGUCGGCCACCGAGGACCAACGUCGCCGGGCCGAAGUUCGGGCCGAGUUGGAACGCCUCGGCUCAUAUCGGCCCGCGUUAGCUUACGAUGAGUUGGUGGCUGUACGGGAUAAUCUGCGAAGGAGAGGUGUGGAAGUGGACAACGAUUAUAUAAGGGAGACGUGGAAACCUGUUUAUCUCAAGAAUUUCCUGCAGCGAGCACAGACGAGAGCGAGGGAUUGCAAGAAGAGCUUUUAUCUGUACAGUCAGCAAAACGGCAACGGGAAGGAAUGCUGCGAGGUAGUAAUGUUCUGGCGAGUUCAAGCAACUCUCCGCACUACGGCCAACGCGCUGCGGCAGCAGAUCGGGAACAGAGAAGCGGCCAGGUUGGACAGGCAUCUGAGGGAGGUGCUAGACGAGAUGGCGGCGGACCCUGAUCUCAAGAAGACUCUGUUGUCUGGAAGAAGAGUAGAACUAGCAGAAGAACUAAAACGAGUACGACAAGUACAAGAGAAAUUAGAAGAGUUCAUAGAGGCGUUAAACAAAGAGAAAUAAAUAGUCACUGUACAUUAUAAUAGUGUGUACCUUAGCUGUAUGCGUUGAAGGUUCAAAAUCCAAUGGAACCAUUACAAGUGUCUUGAAUUUACUACUCUCUCUUUAUUUUAUAAUUGUUAUAAAUUUGUAUAUUUUUCUAAGUGUAUUUGUCGAAAGUAUGUGAUUAUUUUAUAAUAUUAAAAUUUAAGUAAUUUAGUCUCGGAUGAGAUUGUGUGCAAAAGUUUUCAUACUUCUAAUGGUUUCUUUGGGAAUUUUAGAAUCAUGUAUAUUAUAUAACUAGAUAGCCGAACUGACGAACUAUUUAUAUACUUUCAGAGUACGUUAAGUCCAUAGUAUAAGGUGCAUUUACGUUUAUAGAUAAUCUCUUUCAGAUUUCAAGCUCUCAGCCUGUUGAAAUAAUAUGCAUUUUCGUUUGACACAUAUAAUUUAUGUUUGUAAUCUCGUAUCAUAUUGUUAAUUCUUAAAGUGUAGUUAUGAAGUGUAUAUCUCUGAUUUACAACUGUGAAAAUAUUGAAAUAAGAUGCAUUUCUCCCUGACACAUUAUGGAUUAAGUUGUAUUAUUAUCCUUUGGCACUUAUAUA